AUGGAAAACUCAACUGGCACAGAGAAGAAUUGUUGCGAGGGAUCACGUGGGCAAAAAUCGGCGCCUUCCUCCACUGCGCUAAGAAAAGGCGGCAUUGCGCUUUGCUUGUCUGCUGAAGGCAGGCGUAACGGAGAGGCGCUGGUCCGAUUCAAGACACCGGAGAUGCGCGAGUUGGCGUUGAACGACAUCGGCAUUUUCCUCCUAUCCAGCCGUCACCUCGACAGUCGACGGCACAUUCAGCUGGACGCACUGAAACUUGAUCUAUAG